AGCCCAGUGAAGAUAAAUCAGAUCAGCCUGGAUGAAAGUGGAGAACACAUGGGUGUCUGCUCAGAAGAUGGCAAGGUGCAAGUGUUUGGAUUGUAUUCAGUGGAUGAGUUUCAUGAAACGUUUGACUGUCCUAUUAAAAUUGUUGCUGUUCAUCCUCAUUUUGUAAGAUCCCACUUCAAGCAAUUUGUAACAGGAGGGAAAAAGUUGCUGUUGUAUGAGAGAGGCUGGAUGAAUAGAUGGAAGCCUUCGGUUUUACAUGAAGGAGAAGGAAAUAUAAGAAAUGUAAAAUGGAGAGGACACUUAAUUGCUUGGGCCAAUAACAUGGGCGUGAAGAUACUUGAUAUGAUCUCCAAGCAAAGAAUUACCAAUGUACCUCGAGAUGACAUAAACCUUCGUCCGGAUAUGUAUCCCUGCAGCCUUUGCUGGAAGGAUAAUUUAACGCUGAUUAUUGGCUGGGGAAAUUCAGUAAAGAUUUGCUCAGUAAAAGAACGGCAUGCCAGUGAAAUGCGUGACCUUCCAAACCGCUAUGUGGAAAUAGUUUUCCAGUUUGACACUGAAUUCUUCGUCAGCGGACUUGCACCUCUCUGCGACCAGCUUGUUAUUCUUUCGUAUGUGAAGGAGAUUUCUGAAAAAACGGAAGCGGAGUGUUGUGCAAGGCCUAGAUUGGAUAUUGUACAACCCCUGCCUGAGUCCUGUGAAGAGAUCUCUUCUGAUGCACUGACAGUACGAGGAUUUCAGGAAAAUGAAUGCAGAGAUUAUCAUUUAGAGUAUUCAGAAGGAGAAUCACUUUUUUAUAUCAUCAGCCCAAGAGAUGUGGUUGUGGCUAAAGAGCGAGACCAAGAUGACCACAUUGACUGGCUUCUUGAAAAGAAGAAAUACGAAGAAGCUUUGAUGGCGGCUGAGAUCAGUCAGAAAACCAUCAAAAAGCACAAGAUUUUGGACAUUGGUUUAGCCUAUAUAAAUCACCUGGUGGAGAAAGGAGAGUAUGACCUGGCUGCUCGAAAGUGCCAGAAAAUUCUUGGCAAAAACACAGAACUCUGGGAAUUUGAAGUGUACAAGUUUAAAGAAAUAGGUCAGCUUAAGGCAAUUAGUCGUUACUUGCCCAGACGAGAUCCAGUUUUGAAACCUCUGAUCUAUGAAAUGGUCCUACAUGAGUUUUUGGAGAGUGACUAUGAGGGGUUUGCAACCCUGAUAAAAGAGUGGCCUGGAGAUCUGUACAACAACACUAUCAUAGUUCAAGCUGUAGUGGAUCACCUGAAGAAAGAUCCACAGAACAGGACUUUACUACGAACACUUGCAGAAUUGUAUACUUAUGACCAGCGCUAUGGCAGAGCCCUAGAAAUUUACCUAACUCUGAGGCACAAAGAUGUCUUCCAGUUGAUCCACAAGCACAAUCUUUUCAGUUCUAUCAGAGACAAAAUUGUUCUCCUCAUGGAUUUUGAUUCAGAGAAAGCAGUAGACAUGCUUUUGGAUAAUGAAGAUAAAAUUUCUAUCGACAGAGUCAUUGAAGAAUUGGAAAACAGGCCAGAGCUACAGCACGUG